CAAGAACAGAGAGGCCUAACGCUCGUCGCUCACACAAAGCGAAGCGAAAAACCGUAAGCGCGAGCUCCUUCUUCACCCGUCUACCUCCUUCGCCUUCUUCCUCCGUUCAAGGGUCCUUGCGCAACUCUCGCAGGCUCACAGUCCCUCUCCGAUUCGCAAAGCUCGGCGAAUCGGAGCUCCGGUCCGGGUUGGGGAUCCCCAUUUCGGCCUAUGCUCCUGCGCCGAUGGUGGCGAUCGUGGCCGCCGCAACUCCCAGAGAGAGGCUCGCGGGCCUCGUCGGCUCCGCCAAGGGGUCGCCCGACAUCCCCUCGAAGCUCGGCCGCUUGCGCGACCUGAAGGAGGACCUCCUGCAGGACGACCCCGUCCUGCUCGCCGAGUUCCUCCCUCAGCUCCUCGACCUCCUCUCCGACCGCUUCAGUCCCGUGCGCAAGUUCAUCACUCAGAUAAUUGGUGAAAUUGGGAUUAAGCAGCUAGAAUUUCUACCUGAAAUGGUGCCUGUUUUGAUUUCGGUCUUGGACGAUGAGUCGCCGCCAGUUGCUCGCCAAGCUAUAAGUUGCGGUAUUGACUUAUUUCGUCACACUUUCGAGAGAAUUGCAAUCCAGGGACUAUAUACUAGUGAUCUGGAUGAUUCACUGGAGUCAUCUUGGGAAUGGAUGUUGAAAUUCAAGGAUAAAGUAUACUCAAUAGCUUUCCAGCCGGGAAGUGACGGGAUAAAGUUGCCAGCACUGAAAUUUGUUCAAGCAAUCAUUCUACUCUAUACGCCUGAUCCUAAUGGAUCUUCGGAGCCCCCUUCAGAUCAGCGCUUAGAAGGAAACUUGUUGGGCUUCAAUGCAUCAUGGCUUCGUGGUGGUCAUCCUAUAUUAAAUGUUGGGGAUUUGGCUACGGAAGCUAGCAAAAAUCUUGUUUUAUUGCUUGAUCAGCUAAGGUCUCCAACAGUGAAAUCUCUCAGUUAUCUAAAAAUCGUCGUGCUUAUUAAUAGUGUUUCUGCAAUAGCCAAGGAAAGGCCUGCAUACUAUGGACGCAUUUUGCCAGUUCUUCUUGGUUUGGAUCCAACAAGUUCUGUUACAAAGGGUGCACAUGUAUCUGGAGUACGCCUUGCACUAAAAAAUGCUUUUCGUUCCUGCUUAGAGAGCACCUAUCCGGGUGUUGCACUGUGGCAUGAUCAGUUACUUGAUGCCGUGAGGGAGAUGAAAGAUGGACCAGUAGUUGAGCAAACCCUUGACCAAGACUACAAGAUAAAUGGAAGUUUAGAAGGAAAAGAGGAGCCUUCAGUUUCUGACGAAGAGAAACCAUCUAUAUCACCCCAUGAUUCUACCCAAAUUAGUAGAGGGCGGAAAAGAGUGGAAACAGAGGAUCACACUUUUGAGGUGGAUGUCUCUGGAAAACGAAUCAAACCAAGUCCUAGCAUGUCUGAAGAAUCAAGUAAUGAAUUGAACAGAAAAGGCAGAGUCUAUCAGGAAGAAAAUGCUUCGAGUGGAGCACUCUCUUCCAAAGCAGAGAGUGAUUCUGGAACUGUGCAUCAACUGGUUGCCAUGUUUGGUGCCUUGGUUGCUCAGGGUGAAAAAGCUGUUCAGUCUUUAGAGGUCAUUAUUUCCACUAUAUCUGCAGACUUGCUGGCUGAGGUGGUCAUGGCAAAUAUGUGUCAUCUCCCUUCUGAUCGCCCUAAAGCCGAUGAAGAUGAAGAGGGGCUGCAGGAUGUUUUUUCACUUUCCAGUGCUUUUCCACAGAUAUCUUCUAUACUGGCUGCUGAACAGCUGCAGAAGCCUGAGAAGCCAGAUGAUCUUCAUGUGGUGGCAGCAACAAAUGAUGUUGCUCUUCAAACGGAUAAAACUAAUGAGGUUGAGAGUUCUAUUUCGCCAACUGCUUUGCCAACUUCCAAUGAUGCUUCAGCUGGAACAGAAACGGGCUCCGUGAUGCUAUCGAUUGAUAUCCAUGAAGAUAGAAACUUAGAGAGUGAAAUACCUGGUCUUGCUUCAUCCAGCCAUAGUGCUGGGCACUCAGAAAACCGGCCUGAUUCCUCAUUAGCAUCCAUGGGUAUUGAAGAUAAUGGUCAAGAGCAAGAUACGAGUCAAUCGGGGAAAUCAUUAGUAGAGUCAAUUCCAUCAAUUUCAAACGAUAGAUAUGAGGAGCUUAGCCCCAGACCGCUGGUUGUUGAUGACAACAUUCCAGUCUCCUCAUCUGUAACUUCUGUUGGAUUAACUUCUCCUGUUACGUUACCCAAGAUGUCAGCCCCUGUUAUUGAUUUGACUGAUGAACAGAAAGAUCAGUUGCAGAAAUCAGCAUUCACCCGCAUUAUUGAGACAUAUAAGGAAGUUGCAGUGGCUGGAGGUUCAGAAGCUCGCUCUUCUUUGCUUUCUUAUCUGGGAGUUGAGUUUCCCUUGGAGUUAGACCCAUGGAUACUGCUACAUCAGCAUAUAUCAUCAGAUUAUGUGAAUCAUGAGGGACAUGAGUUGACACUGCAUCUCCUCUACAGAUUAUUUGGGGAGGCAGAAGUGGAACGUGACUUUUUCUCUUCUACAACUGCUUCCUCUUCUUACGAAUCACUGCUUUUAAAUGUGGCAGAAACAUUGAAAGAUGCUUUUCCACCUUCUGACAAAUCUCUGAACAGAUUGCUUGGUGAAGUUCCUCAUCUUCCGCAGUCAGUUUUGAAAUUAUUAGGUAGCUUAUGCUCUCCUGGUAAUGUGGAAAAGGCCGAGAAGGAGCUACAGGCUGGAGAUCGGGUCACUCAGGGUCUGAGUGCUGUUUGGAGUCUUAUCUUGCUCCGCCCUCCAAUUCGAGAUUCUUGCUUGAAAAUCUCUUUGCAGAGUACAGUUCAUCACUUGGAGGAAGUCCGCAUGAAGGCAAUCCGUCUGGUAGCAAACAAACUGUAUCCUUUAUCAUCCAUUGCUAAAAGAAUAGAAGACUUUGCAAAGGAAAUGUUGCUUUCAGUGACUAGCUCUGGGCUUCUGGACAAAGUGGCACUUGAAGGGAAGGAUUCUGAUGUAGAAAGACCUUUGGAAGAACGUGCAAUGGGGGAAGCAAGCAAUGAGGAUAGAUCAUCUGAUACUAGCCAAUUGCAUGCUGCAGAAAGCGUAGCCAUCUCUGAGGCCCAGCGCUGCAUGUCCUUGUAUUUUGCCCUUUGCACAAAGAGACACUCUCUUUUUCGCGAAGUAUUUGUUAUCUAUGGAGGUGCAUCUACGGCAGCACAGCAGGCAAUUCACCGUCAUACCCCUAUUUUAGUCCGAACAAUGGGGCCGUCAUCUGAACUUCUUGAAAUAAUAUCAGAUGCUCCUGGAGGAAGUGAAAACCUCCUGUCUCAGGUUUUACACUCCCUGACAGAUGGGAUAGUUCCUUCUCCUGAAUUAGUACUUACCGUGAGGAAGUUAUACGAUUCCAAAUUAAAGGAUAUAGAGAUUCUAAUGCCUAUUUUGCCAUUCUUACCAAAAGACGAGGUGUUGCUAAUAUUUCCACGGCUUGUCAAUCUUCCAAUUGAUAAAUUGCAAGCUGCGCUUCUUCGUAUAUUAACGGGAUCAUCUCAUACAGAUCCUCUAAUAAGUCCUGCGGAAAUUUUGAUUGCUAUCCACGGGAUUGACCCUGACAGGGAUGGGAUUCCCUUGAAGAAGAUCAUAGAUGCAUGCAAUGCUUGCUUUGAGCAACGGCAGAUGUUCACGCAACCAGUGGUCGCAAAGGUUUUGAAUCAACUGGUUGAACAGAUUCCUCUUCCUUUGUUGUUCAUGCGAACUGUUUUACAAGCAAUAGGUGCCUUUCCUGCGUUGGUGGAUUUUGUAAUGGAGAUUCUUUCCCGCCUCGUGAGCAAGCAGAUAUGGAAAUAUCCUAAACUGUGGGUGGGAUUUUUGAAGUGCGCUGCCUCGACGAAGCCUCAGUCAUUUACUGUGCUACUACAGCUGCCUCCUGCACAGUUGGAGAAUGCCCUGAAUAGGAUGCCAGCACUCAAGGAACCUUUGGUAGCUCAUGCCUCCCAGCCUGACAUACGCUCCUCUCUUCCCAGGCCAUUGUUCAUCUUCAGGUCUCUUCUAGUUGUUUUGGGAAUUGCUCCAGAUUCGCAAGCUCCAAGUCAUGUGCAAGCAAGUGAGGCUCAGACAGGGGAUACUGGCACUUCAGAUAAAGAAGUUGUAAAUGAGAAGGAUUCAUCAAAUGCUAGCUAACUUUGAUUGUUUCUGUGUACGUUUCUGUUUGCUUGUGUUAGCCUGAUGAGAUAGUUCUUCCUACACAAUUUCAAUUGAUUGUAGGAUAAUUUUCUGUUUUUCCUUUGUUGGGUCUGCUAAAUAACUGCGAUCUUUGUCAGCUAUGAGAUUGCAAUUGGCUAAACUCAAAAGCCAGUACUAUUUCAUGCUCCAUAACUCAAGUUAAGGGAGGCUCCCGACAUGUCUUACUCUUGACGCUUACAGUUACAGCCUGCCUCAUUCUAUCAAAACUCAGGUUGAACAGUGAGUUGUAACGAGUAUGUGUUCUGUAUCUUAUGAAUUCUGUACAUUGUAGAUUUGGUGCAAUAACAAGAAAUUCUCACCAUUUGGGCGGAGUUUUGAUGGAGCUAGAAUGCACAGCUCUCACUGCUUGACCAAAGGGCAGUUUGUGUUUGUGCGUUGCACAUUUGGUUAGCCGGACAUCUUCAUCUUCUCUCGGCAAUACACAUUGCCAGCAUACAGCAGGUAAUUGAUGCAGGAUAAUAUCCUGGUCAGUGCACAUAGCAGGGUCAUCUUGAUAGCGGAUGAGCAGCUUCACAGGAAGGGGCAUCGUUCAUCUGUGAGUAUAUUUUAUUCUGCAUGGGGCUUCAUUGAAUAGAAAAGGGAAGGCCUUGCGUGAUCAAGACAAGGAAGAUAUUCAUCUUGAAAGCUUUCCCCAUGUUUAUUCCAUCGGCCUAUGACUUGGGAGAAGGCUGGAUAUGUAUCUCCUUACCCUCGGCGAGGGAGACUGGGAGAAUCAAGAAAUCUGCUUGGACCUUGCGACAUUCAGUUGCAUUGGCUUAUCGUUGUUACGAUGUCUACUUCGUAUUUUAUUGUUCUCACAGAACAGGAGACGUUUCUUAGAUUCCUGAAGGAUGUUUGAGUUGGUUUUCAAUGUGAAUGCCUCGGGGGAUAUUUGAUGG